CAAUUUCCUGGCGCUGAAACGACGUCACUUCUUUUUAGUUCUCCCUUCAAAUGACGUUUUGGUAGGACGCGUCUUGAAAGUGUUCUCAAUGGAGUACGUACCACCGAGGGGACUAUUUAUCCGGCGGAGGAGUCACCUGCCGGCACGUCAGUGCCUCGCUAUCCAAUCCUGGCGCGCCUCCUCCGCGUGCGUGUGUCUUUUUUUGGACAUCCCUCCUGCCUGUGCUGUCUCCACACGCCCGGGCGCGCGUGCUCACGCUCGCCACUUACUCGCCGCCUGCCUCGGAGAUUCGACGGAAGGCGCCCAGCCUCCUCAUCCUCAUCCUCCACAUCCUUCUCGGGACCGCGCCGGCGGACUUGCACCGCGGCCCCCCCUCUGCCGAACCCGCCUUGCUUUGUUUUGGAUUGUCGCUCUCGUGCCAUUUGUGUGCGCAACAGCCGAUGUCUGCAAGAAGCCAUGAUCCACCGCCAGGAGGAUCAUCCCGCCCCCUCCGGCAGACAACGGUGACGCAUCCGGCUCCAAGGUGACCUCCCGACCGACACUUGACCCCCCCCCCCCCUCGAAAUGUUUGAACAUGCCAGGACAUAACGAUGAGCUCCAACAGCACGGACUCUUCCGGUCUCUUCCUGAUUUCCAACACCUUCCCGGCAGCGGGAGCGGCAGUCGGACUGUCGCCGCAAACCACUUCUUUCCAUCAAGCGGGGACGGGACCAUGGUUGGUUUUUCACAUGACCGCCAAUUCGUCUUCUGCGAAUUCCCUCUUUAACUCCAGCCCGUCGCAAGAUGGGAACGUGACGUCGGGCCCGGAUCCUUUGGGCGGGCACACCGUUUGGCAGGUGGUCCUCAUCGUCCUGCUGACGGGAACGCUCUCGCUGGUCACCGUCAUCGGGAACAUCCUGGUGGUGGUGUCCUUCAAGGUCAAUCGCCAGUUGAAGACGGUCAACAACUACUUCCUGUUGAGCUUGGCGGUGGCCGACCUCAUCAUCGGGGUCAUCUCGAUGAACCUCUACACGGCCUACCUGGUGAUGGAUUACUGGGCCUUGGGGAACUGGGCCUGCGACCUGUGGCUCGCUAUUGACUACGUGGCCAGCAACGCUUCGGUGAUGAACCUGCUGGUCAUCAGCUUUGAUCGCUACUUUUCCGUAACCAGGCCUCUGACGUACCGGGCCAAACGGACGACAAAGCGAGCCGGGAUGAUGAUCGGCCUGGCCUGGUUUGUUUCUCUGGUUCUCUGGGCCCCCGCCAUCCUUCUGUGGCAGUACUUUGAGGGUCAAAGGACAGUGCCUCCCAAUAAGUGCUACAUUCAGUUCCUCCAGCAGCCCAUUAUAACCUUCUGCACAGCCAUGGCGGCUUUCUACCUGCCCGUCAGCAUCAUGAGUGUGCUUUACUGGCGGAUUUACAAGGAGACGGAAAACCGUUCCAAGGAGUUAGCCGGACUGCAGGGUUCCGGGGCCCGCGGCGGUGGCGCGGCCAGAAACGGCAACGGCGGGGUUGAUCGAGCCCGUUUUGCGCGUCAAACCGGGAGUUCCAGAAGCUGCAACAGCUACGAGCUGACCAGGUUGUCCCAAAGAAAGAGCGCCUGUCGGGAGUUGGUGAGCCGCCUGCACUGCUGGCCCGGGGUUCAAUCCUGGAGGCCUGGCAGUCUCCGGCAAGGAGAGCGGGAUCCCGACCAAAGCAGCAGUGACAGUUGGAACAACAACGACAACGCGGUCUCACUGGAUCAGUCGGGAUCGUCGGAUGACGAAGACUGCGCCGGGCGAGACGGCCACACUAUUUUCUCCAUCGUUCUCAGCCUGCCGGGCAUAAAAGCGGCCGUCAACUCCCAGCUCACUUCCUGCGAAGACCUGGACCAAGCCUCGGAACAGGACCCCCUAAGGGGGGCGGAAUACGACAGAGACGGCCUCGCAGCCGUCGCUACAAACACCGGCGCGGCCGCCGGCCCCGACGGCGCCAACGACUCUGCCAACAGCUACCACCAACGCUUCUGUUCGCGCAAAAUCCAGUCCUUGCCGACCAUGCGGGUGACCUCCAACCGCGGAUCUCCGAACGACGCGACGGCCGCGCCCCCCGACUCGAGCGGCACCGACGCCAAAUCCUACUCCGUUCCGAUGUCUUUCAAAGAGGCGGCUCUCGCCAAGCGCUUCGCGACCCGAGCUCGGACUCAGAUCUCCAAGAGGAAGCGUAUGUCCUUGGUGAAAGAGAAGAAGGCCGCUCAAACUCUCAGCGCCAUUCUCUUUGCGUUCAUCGUCACGUGGACGCCGUACAACAUCAUGGUCCUGAUCAAUGCCUUCUCCGAAGCGGCCAUUCCGAAAACCCUGUGGGCCGUGGGCUACUGGCUCUGCUACGUCAACAGCACCGUCAACCCCAUGUGCUACGCCCUGUGCAACAAGACCUUCCGCACCACUUUUAAGAUGAUCCUGCUGUGCCGCUGGGACCAGACGAAACGGAGGAAGCUGCAGUUCCAGCAGAGGCAGUCCGUGGUCUUCCACAGGAGGCUUCCCAGAGAGUCCACGUAAAGGACAGGAGAGCGGCUUGAUGCGUAAAACCAAUAACGAAGAAGCAUCCGCGGGCUUCUUUGGGGAGUUUUGUCCGAGGCACUUGCGCCAGAGCGAUCCUUCGAUGUUAUGUGCUCGUGUCCGUGUGCAUGCAAGAAGGGGAUCCGGAUCCAGAAACGCAAGACGGCGAUCUCUUCUGGAAGAACUCUACCGAUUCAUGUAGGUUUGUUGAUCUUCGAGGAAGCGGGCGGGACGUGCUUGAAAAAGGGCUUUAAACAGAACUGAACAUCUUUUUCUUGUGGGCCGGAGCAUUAAAGUGCAAUUGACUCAAAGUGUCACACGGCGAGGGCUCGUCGCUUCUGAACAGUUUUCUCUUUGUCGUUAGCUAGAUUUGUAACGUGCACCAGAGUCGAGUGCUUUUGCCUUUGUCAGCAAAUGAAAUCUGUAAAUUUUUCACCAAAAGCCAAGACGUACCGUGCGUUGUGUUAACCGGGCCUCGACUUUUUUGACUGGCAUGUUAUUUUCUCUUUGUUUGUUUGUUUUUGGAAUCAGAUCUUCUGUGCAUUGCCUUCCUACCUAAAUAUAACUUGUGUUAGAUGGCAUAUACAUUUUAUUUUUGUGCUGCUCAUCUGGAACUUUUGAGCCGGUCGGAAAAUGACUCUUCUUCUUUUGAAUAUUGUGUGUGGCACCGCAGUCAGUGAGCCGCUGUUGUGAUACAAUGUGAUUGUUGUGCUUUGGAAAACAAUGGCCACGACGAGUACAUCCGGUUGUGUUCAUGUACUUGACGUCAUUGUGAUGAUGAUGAUUCUGAUACUGGUGAUGAUAUUCUGUAAGUGUACUUUUACAGACCCCCCCACCCCCGCCCCGACCACCACCACCACACACACAUACACACACACACAAAUGUCGAUUUUCUUUGACGCGACCUUUUUUUAACUUUCAACUGUAAUGCUUUCGUCAGUUUGCGACGGAGCCAUUUUUAUUUUUUGCUUAGCUUCGGCGCUUGGGCAGCCUCUAGUGGUGAGAGGAGGACAUAACGUGCUCACUGACAUUUUCCGCUUGUCUGCCGCGCAGUUAGUUUCCCCAAGACGCAGUUUUGGAGUAAGUGACAUUUUAAUUCAGAUUGUGUUUCUGUAAUCGAUUCAAAUUUACCUCGGCAACUUGAUAAUAAGGUGUACGGUAUUUCUAUCAUAUGUAUUGUAUUUAUAGAUUUGUUGAUUUUUAAUCCACAUAAGAACGUGUUCAAAUCUAUUGACUGUGUAUAAAGUGUGGACAAACUAAUGAUUUUAAACUGCUGAGUAACCUUUAGUGGCAGCUUGUGAAAGAGGCCCUAAGUAGCACACCUCCAUGUCGUAAAUGAAUGGUCGAAGGGGACACUGGCAAUUUCACAAAUGCUAAAAACGUCGCUCCAGCCAUCCACCCAUUUUAUAUAUCGCGUAAAAUGGAGCCUAACCUAGCUAUUAUCAGUCAGUUGGGAGGAUGAGAAAUAUAUAGAUGAUUUUCUUACCAUUAAAAAAAAAGGGGCGGGGGAAUGUGACGCGAUGAUUGACAGCUGCCGUUGUUGUAUCCAUCUUUACGUACAGUGUCUGCUUGCAGCAGCCUAAUGUGUCACUUGUCAUAUUGUAGAAAAGCGUGGACGGGCAGCUGCCAUUCUACUUUUAUGUACCGUUUAGAGAGAAAAAAAAAGUUGUUCUAUCAGCACUUCGUAUUUGAUAUGCAUUCAACACGGAGACUUUUUACAUCGGCGGGGAACGUUUGUUCUCCGAUAUCGGGAAUGUAAACAUGGUGAACACAAAUGUCUUUUUGUUACGUUCCGGUAUGCCAAUCAUACUCGUCUUUAAAGUCAAUAAAUGGUGCAAAAUCAUUGUGGCACAAACUAA